UGAGAUGUUUGCCAAAAGUUGCAUCGUGACUAUUUUAUGAAGAUCACGUGAUCGCACACAAAUAACAUGAGAUACUUUCACCUGUGUGCCACUUCCUCAUUUACCUUACAUUAGCUAUAAAUAUCCCUCGGCUACUGCAUUUGGAGACAGGUUAUGUUCAGUGGGUCAUACAGAGAUCUUCUCUAAGUCUUAAAAGAAGAAGGGAAUAAUACUACUACAUUUAUUUAAUACAAAAAAAUACUAAAUACUAAAAAUUGCACCAUUUUUAAACACAGGGGCACCUGAAGAACUAAACACUCUCAGUUUUUUACAUUGUUCAGUUAAACGUUCAGAGAUGGGGAGCGAACAGUCAGUUCUGCAAGCUAGUGGCUACGAACUAGUGAGUGAACAAAACAAGAUGAUGCUGGUGAAAAAUAAAGAUGGUGAUCAGUUUGUCGUUAAAAAGCUGAAUGCUAACGAGGAUGACGUAUCAAACUUUCUCCAAAAGCUCAAUCAUCCACACAUCGUCCAGCACAAGGAAAUCAUCAGAGAACCCGACAGCUUGUAUGUUUUACUGGAUCACUGCGAGGGUGGAGAUCUCGCCGAGAUAACAAAACUACAGGAAAAGGUUAUUUCUAAUGAGAUUCUGGACAGGACUGUGAAGAUCUGCAUGGCAUUGAAGCACCUGCAUGAUCAACAGAUCCUACAUAAAAACCUGCAGCCCAAGAGCAUAUUUUUCACUGCAUGUGGAACCAUUCGUCUUGGAGAGUUUGGACAGAUUAAUGAAUGGUCCGCUGACGCACAGACAACAGAAACAAAAGCUAUCUCAUACGUUGCACCUGAGAAUUUGAAUGGCAGACCUUUUGAUGAGAAAUCUGAGAUUUGGAGUCUGGGAUGUGUCAUCUAUGAGAUGUGCAUGCGGAAGUGUGCGUUUACCGCAAUAAGCACAGUUGAGAUUAUUACAAAGAUACUCAACUGCUCCUACAAAGCUCUUCCUAAGGACUUCUCUGAGGACCUUCAUCAGCUGGUAAAAGACACACUUCAGAUCGAUCCAGCAAACCGACCGUCUGUCAGUGAGAUCUUGAUGAGGCCUUUCAUCAUUAAUCAUCUUUAUGAAAAGAGCACACAAACUAUCAAAGAGCUUAAUGGAAGCCUAAAUGUACUUGAAGAGUUGGCCAAUGGUUUCGAGAAGGUCCACUACAACACAACUGUAGGCAGCCUUGCAGGAGGUGUAGUGGGACUGGCGGGAGGAAUCACAUCUAUAGUUGGACUGAUUCUGGCUCCUUUCACUCUCGGAGCUUCUCUGAUAGUAACUGGAGUGGGAAUCGGUACAGCAGUCGCUGGUGGAGUAGCAUCUGGUGCGAGCAACAUAACAAAGAUGGUCAACCAGCGCACAGACCGACAAAAGAUCAAAAUGAUCAUUACAGAGUUACAAGAAAAAAUUACAUCCACAUGCAGCUGCAUCCAAAACAUCCAAAUUGCAGUGACAACACAAAAAGUGCUUUCUGAAAAAGGGGAAUCAUGGUCCAAUGAUCAAUCUGAGGCAGAUUUUGCAAAUAUCGGGGCUCGACUUGGACGAGGUCUGGGAGGGAUUGCAGAGCUUAUCCGCUUAGCUCAAGUCUCUAGUGUUGGGAGAGUUGCAGCUCAGACUGCGAGAGCCGUUCGUGUGGCUGAAACAGCUACUGGGGUUUUAUCAGCACUUUUUGUAGCUGUUGACGUCUUAUUUAUUGCCCUCGACUCCAAAGAAAUUUACAACCUCCGCAGAGAUUAUGCUUCAAUAGCGACUCAACAAGAAUCAGAAAUUGCAGCAACUAUUACUCAGUCUGAAAGCAACCAAACCCCUGGGUCAACUAAAGAUGAAGCAAAACUGCAAGAGCUGCGGUCUGAGAUCAUGAGAUUUGUGCAAACAAUUAGGAAGACAAGAGAGGAGCUAAAAACGGUUCUUGAUGAAUUAAAUGUCGAACUGCAAAACCUAGAACCAGACAUACAAACACAGAUAACUAGAAAUUACUUCUAGAAAUGAGUUUAUAAUGCUCAGUAUGGUAUUUUAUCAUAUGUCUUGUUAAUAGUAGCAGCAUAUGUUAGGUAAGGGUUUACUAUAUUCUGGGUUUUAAUGAUGAAGUGAUUUCUAGUUUGGUUAUCACUCAGGGUGAACUUCUCAAUAAUAAAACAAAGCAGCAUUUAUCUUGUUGCACUGCCAAUAAUUCAUUGAUUAAGCAUGUAAGGAAUAUAUUGGGGCUUUUUCUAUUUACGUAGAGUUGAGUUUUUGUUUCUUCAUGUUUUCAGAACCAGAAAAAAAAAGGAAACACGUAAGCCCAAAAAUGUCGUCCUGUAUUUGAUCAAAUGUAAUUUUUUCUUCUGCAGUGUAAUUGCAAUUAGGGAUGUCAAUUUUCUGUAACAUAUCAAUGUAUUUGUCAUUAAAAUUAAUGAUCAAUUGAACAAUUAAUAAGAAGAAUUUAGACUGUGUUUGGUAUAAUAAUAGAUGUAUGUGUAAUGUAUCUUCCUUAUACACAAAGUGCUCAAUAAAAUCCUUACACAAUAUA